AUGCCAACAACCAGGCCUAAGUGGCAGGAACUAGUUCCUAUACCACAAAAGAAGAAAGGAUGGCCAAGGAAAAAGGUCCAAUCUGACCCAAAUCAAGCAUCGGGUUCUAAAUUUGUUAGAAGCAAAAAGAAGUUGGGUAUAAAAAGAGGUGGUGAUAUUGCAGAAGAUAGAGUUCUAGCUGAUGAGCAUGAUGGUAUAGAUGUUCAUGUUGAAGUUGUUAUUAGCCAACCAAAGGAUAAUUAUGAGAAAGGUUAUGGAUUACAGGAUGAAAUGGAUUCUAUUCUUCAAAGUAUUAUUCAUGCUAAUGAUGACAAAGGUGUUGAGGAUGUUGAACCUAACCUGACAAAAACACUUGAUGGGGUUGGAGAUGCAAUGGAUGCUACUCUUAAAGGUGUUCGUGAGACUGAUACACCACAAACAUCACCACAGCCGCAUCUUAUUACCUUCUUGUUCCUCAUUCUUGUACCACCAUUAAAUCUUGAUCUUGAAGACAAAGUUGUCAUUUUUCCGUCGGAGACUAAUUCAAUUUCAUGCAGCUCUGCGACUAACUAUGGGGGUCGAAGUGAUCAAAUGCAAAUGGAGAUGUUAGCGAAUCGGUUUUUAAAGGAUAAAUGUCAUGUAUCUUCCAGCUAA